UAAUUAACAUAAUCGUGUCUGAUUGUGUUACAGUUGGAUCUUCUCUGGACGAGAAAACAGGACGUGAUGUAUAACGUGUUUGACUGGCCGACUAAACAGCAUGCGAGACUUAUCGUAUUAGCCGUGGCCAAUACGAUGGAUUUACCAGAAAGAAUAAUGAUGAAACGUGUCUCAAGUAGACUGGGUUUAACAAGAAUGACGUUCCAACCAUACACAUUCAAGCAGCUUCAGACAAUUGUUUUGUCACGUAUGAAAGGGUUGAAGGCAUUUGACGAGGACGCCAUUCAGUUAGCCGCUAGAAAAGUCGCAGCUCUGUCGGGUGAUGCUCGUAGAGCGUUGGACAUUUGUCGUCGAGCGACCGAAAUUGCCGAACUUGUAGCUAUGAAACAAAAGAAGGAUGUGCUAGUAGGAAUGACUCAUGUGGACGCAGCUUUACAAGAGAUGUUCUCUUCUCCAAAGAUUGUAGCCAUCAGGAAUGCCUCUGAUCAGGAGAAAACAUUAUUGAGAGCCGUGGUUGCCGAGUUCCAGAGACUGGGAUUAGAGGAAGCAGAGUUCUCUAGAGUGUAUAAUCAGCAUAUCUCACUUUGUAGGCUGGAGGGCAUGCAGCCUCCAUCAACAGGAGAGCGGGCGGGAAAAUAUUUCACAUUGGGAAGUUUAGUCUUCUAUGAUGAAAUUCAGUCAUAA